AUGAACAAAUUGUAUUGUAACCAGUCUUCGCAGUAUUUGCCCAUAUUCACCGAACUUGAAGAUUUUCGUGCGACUUAUAUCGCCAACUGUGUCUUUAACAUUUUUCUUAGUUACACCGCCUUCAUGUUGAAUAUUGUGACAAUCUAUGCCAUACACAAAACUGCAACAAUGCCAAAAACUUUGAAAACUCUGCUGCUAAGUCUUGCCUGCUCGGAUGUUGCUGUUGGUUUUUUUAGUCAACCAUUAUACACUUUCUUUCUGAUCAACUGGCUUCGACUACACAAUCUUGGCUGUAACACUACACAAGUAUGGACGAUUUUAAGUGGUUUAUUUUUAACUGCUUCGUUCCUUAGUGUUGUGGCUGUAAGUGUAGACAGGUUCUUUGCUGUUCAUCUUCAUCUCAGAUACCAGGAGCUUGUGACUCACAGACGUGUUGUUGUUGCAAUGAUCAGCAUCUGGGUGUACAGUGCAUUUGUUUCUUUGAUUACAUUGUGGGGGCCUAAUAAUGCUCUGUACCUUAUAAGUACGAUAAAUGCUGCUUUCGGUUUUAUUAUCACACUCGUGGUGUACAUCAGGAUAUAUCUAACCGUCCGACGGCACAAGAAUGAGAUUCAGUCCAUACAAAUACGAAACGAAGCUCAGUCUGAGGAGAUAAAAAACUUAACUGUUCUCAUUAAAUCCACGGUUGGCAUAUUCUACGUAUAUCUCGUGUUGUUAAUUUGUUAUUUGCCCUACUUAAUUUGCGGGACUGUUAUUCGAAUCUACGGCUCGACUACCGCUUUAAAAACAUUGUAUAUUUAUUCAGUGACUCUCUUGUAUCUCAAUUCAUCUUUGAACCCUGUCAUUUACUGCUGGAAGAUGAGACACAUUCGACACGCUAUCGUAGACAUACUACGAAAGAUGUCUUGGAACAGCAAUCGGCCACUUCGGAUCAACUACAAUCGGUCAUCGAGUGUCGUCCAUAUUGAUAACUUAUCCCCUCUGUGCCUCUAA